AUGGCGCUCCUGCGCCUCGCCUACGCCGACGCCCUCACCCCCACGCCACCAAUACAAUCACCGCCCAUUUCACCGACCAUCCCCCGCAGGAGGACGCCCACGCCGCCCACUUCCUCCUCGCUACCUGUCCUGCUGCCUGGCUUCCCGCCCCCUGCGUACGGCGCCUCGCGGGGCUUCCUAAGGCCGGACAAAGUCCUGGACAUGCGGCAGCUGCUGCCUCUGCCCGGCGCGCGGCAGCAGUACGGCGGCGGUGUGCCUCUGGUGGCGCCCCAGCAUCCACCCCACCACCACUACCUUUGGGCGGCGCGGUACUCCUCGCUGCUGUCCUCGCUGCCGCUGCAAGAUUACGAGGUGACCAGCCCCAGUACCUCCCGCACCAACAGCCCGCCAGUCCCCGUGCCUGUCCCUGUGUAUGUGAGGACGCGACCCACGGCCCUCCCUGACACCUCCACCAAGAAGUGCCGCCGCUCUCGCACUGUCUUCACUGAGCUGCAGCUGGUGGGACUGGAGAGGCGGUUCGAGGCGCAGAAAUACCUGAGCACACCUGACAGAGUGGACCUGGCGCGCUCCCUCGGCCUGACUCAACUCCAGGUCAAAACUUGGUACCAGAACAGGAGGAUGAAGUGGAAAAAACAGGUGAUGCAGGAGGGGAGCAAGGAACCCCCAACAAAACCCAAGGGGAGACCAAAGAAAAACUCAGUCCCCUCCUUUGCUGAGCUCCAGAGACAGAAGGAAGAGGAAGAGGAAGAGGAGGCGAGGAGGAAGAGGGCGUCACAAACCACAGAGGACGAGGAAGACAUAAGACCAAGCAUUGAGGAAGACGAUGAAGAGGAAGAGGAUGAUGAAGAGGAAGAAGAGGAUGAUGAAGAGGAGUUAGACGUGGGGAUGGAAAGAGGAGUAACAGGGAUGGAGGUGCAGGGUGAGGGGAGAGAGGGGAGUGAGAGGGGAGAGGAGGGUGAGAGGGGGAUAUCCUUGCCUCUCUCUUUCGAGCCCCCAAUUCGGUUCAGAGGGGAAGAACCGAACCAGUAACUCAAGAACCAGUUUUCAUCCCCUCUCUCCCUCACUCACUCUCCCCUCUCUCUAUCUCUCUCUCUCUCUCUCUCCUCUCCCUCACGCCAUGCAAGGGAGUGAGAGCCGCCAAAAAGAGAGGGAGAGGAGAUAUAAAACCUCUUUCCGUCUUGCCACUUCUGGGGACGAAAGGGGAGAGGUGAGGGGAGGGGAGAGGGGAGAGAAAGGAGAGGGGAGAGGAGAGAAAGAGAGGAGAGAGAGGCCGGGGAGAAGAGGGGAUAACAUGGUUGUAGAGGCACUUUCUU